CAUCUACAUAUAAGGUGCACAUACGCAUAGACAUUCACAUAUGCCUCUAUAUAGCAAGCAGAGUGAGGGAAUUACGUGUCUGUGUUUGACAGGAUCAAAGUCCCUUCUUUAUAGAGAUGGUUGAUAACAUGGGCAAUAAUUCAGAGAGGGAAGGGUUUAAGUACCAUUUUGCUGGUGCUAGUACUUCCUCAGGUGAAGAUGGUGUCAUUAAAGAGCAAGAUCGGCUGCUACCUAUAGCUAAUGUGGGGCGGAUCAUGAAGCAGAUCCUGCCUUCUAAUGCAAAAAUCUCCAAAGAAGCCAAAGAAACCAUGCAGGAAUGUGUGUCUGAGUUCAUAAGCUUUGUUACUGGAGAAGCUUCAGACAAGUGUCAUAAGGAGAAGCGCAAGACAGUGAAUGGGGAUGAUAUUUGUUGGGCUUUGGCAACUCUAGGUUUUGAUGACUAUGCUGAGCCUUUGAGAAGGUAUUUGCAAAGGUAUAGAGAGUUGGAAGGAGAGAGAGCUCAGCAAAGUAAGGGAAGUAACAAUGAAGAAAAGAAUGAAACAUCAGACUAUGGAGUUGAAACACCAAGGAAAGCUGCAGUUCCAACUACUCCCUUGAAGUUCAAUGUGAUUGAUAGGAGUAAUAGCUCUCUGUCGAGGCGAUUUUGAAAUAUAUGAAGCAUGGUAAUAAUUUCUAGUCUUGUAUUAAUUAAGAUUUUGAUGGUGAUGAUGUUGUAUACAUGAUCAUAUAGUUGGAGGGGAGGGUUUGAGAGGGUUGGUUUUAGGUUUUUAAUUUCUUUUUUUCCACUUGUGUGCGGUACUAAAUCUUGGAUGUUGUCUUUAAUUCACUACUUUAGCUUAAGAAUUAUGUGAAUAAAGCUAAUCCUCAUAUCUUUUUUUUUU